GUUAUAAUUUAGGUUAGUUUUUAGUAAACAUACAAAAUGACCAAAUUAAUUAAAAAUAAUCCAAAAGCAGAAAUAACUGCAAAUUAUAAAGGUGGUGGAACGUUUAUUAAACUUUCUCCACAAUUUUCAAGUGAUGGGCAAUCAAUUUUUAUAUGCUCCAAAGAGUCUUUAUUGGAAUAUAACUCAAAGACAGCUAAAUUAAUGCAUGAAUAUAAGGCUGUAGAUAAAAUAGUCGGAUUUAGUUAUCAUCUGUAUGAAUCCUACUAUUGUAUAACAGCCUGUACUCAAAGUGGAAUAGUUAGCACAUGGAAAACUGUGACACAUUACAAAGUUUUAGAGCAGCAACUUCCACAUCAGAAUAUUUUAACUUUCAAUAUUAUUCCUGAUGAGAACGAGAAUGAAAUGAAAAGAAAUUACUCAGCCAUAUAUUCUUAUAGAAAUGGAAAUACAAUUUGUUUUGCUCACUAUAGUACAAAAACAAAAAUGUCUAAGGAAUAUAGCAUAAAAAUAAAAUCUGCACUUCCAUAUUUUAUUGAUGUUAACAACUCAGAUUUUUUUGCAGUUACUUAUGAUAAUACAGUGUUUUUUAAUAAAUUGAAUAACUUUAAGAAUCAUUCCAGAUCCUAUAUGAGUAAUUCAAAACAUUUUACAUGCGUAGCAGUCCAUUCUAGAGAAGAAAUUGUAAUCACUGGUGACUCAAUUGGUCGUGUGGUUGGUUGGCAUGAUAUAUUUUCAAAUAAAGCUAAACAAAUCAUUUUUCACUGGCACAAUUUACCUGUUCAAACAGUACGCUUUUCCACAUCAGGUAGUUACUUUUAUAGCGGUGGUGGUGAAAGUGUACUAGUAAAAUGGCAGUAUGACAAUGUCAAUGAAAAAAAGUUUGUGCCCCGUAUACCCGGAGAGAUUUGCAAUGUCGUGGUUGCCAGUAACAAUUUAUACAUCGCUGUAUCAACAAAUGAUAAUGCUAUUCGAAUUUUUGAUAAUACACUCUACCAAAUCAGUUUGAUUCAACAUAUGGUGCUAUCACCGCAUUUUGAUAGUGGAAUUGUUCACGAUAGUAGGUCCAGAGCUCUAAUAAUGAAUGGAAAUCAAGGUCAUAUUCAAUUUUAUUCCCCAGAUGAUAUGUCUCUUCUUUACAGUGUUGAUAUAACUGCCCAAAAUAAAAUAACUAAUGAGAGAGAAACAAAAAUGAUCAAUACUGAAGUAACAAAAGUUGCAAUAAGUAAAAGUGGGUUGUGGUUUGCGACUGUCGAAGAAAGAAAAGAUAAGGAAUAUAAUUACGAAAUACGAUUAAAGUUUUGGAAGUUUGAUGAAUCUAAACAACAAUUUCACCUUAAUACUUCCAUUGAGUAUCCACAUGAAAAUAGCAUAAAUAGUAUGCUGUUUCAACCGUGCCAUAAAGAUGAAAGGCUUCAAUGCGUAACCGUUGGAGACGACAACAAAUUUAAAAUAUGGCAAUUGUCGGAAAUUGAAGUAGUUACAGGUACACAGCUAUCCUGGCAGUGCUUUGGAGUUGGCUUUUAUCGAAAUUUGCCUUGCAAUUCUUUAUCAUUUUCAGUAGAUGGGUCUUUAUUUGCAACAGGAUUCGGAAAAAUACUAACAGUUUGGACUCCUGAUACGUGUUUGCUUAAAUGUUCUCUACUUCAUCCUCUGCAUAAGAAACAAUUAAAGUACUUACAGUUUGGUUACGGUAACCAAUGCCACCUACUUGUAGCGGCUAGUAAUAAUCAACUUAGCGUUUGGAAUAUCCUUACGUUGUCUAUGACGUGGACAGUUCCGAUUUCUGUAUCAUUCUUGGUUGCUGAUAGUUUGUCAACAAAUAUGGCUGUAAUUACAAGAGACAAUAAAGUGUAUGUUUUCUCUCCGAUUUCCAGUCAACCAAUAUAUGUAAAUGAGGAUAUCUUAAAAAAAUUCAAAUCCAUACGAGCCUGCAAUUUCAUCCCAAGUAAAAACUCAAACGAUCUUAGAUUAGAUUGGUAUCAACGGGUCCAACUGUAUUUUAUAACAGAUGAAAAUGAAUUAUAUUGUUUAUGUGAGAGCGAGUUUACAUCGAAAAGUUCCAUAGAUGAAUCUGUCGAAAGCAAAUCCAUAUAUGGUAUGAUGCAACCGGGUAUUAAGUCGGCUUCAGUUCAAUCUACAAUACCACAAAAACACUUGUUUGAAAAAGAUUCACAACACAAAGCAUUAAAAACGUAUUUGGAAAGCCCUCUUCAUACAUUGAUGCCAAUUAGAUACGCUUGUCACACUUUAUUAACGUCACUUGUUGUUCAAGAGGAAACUUGAAUUAAUAAAUAGUAUGUCUUUUA